AUGGCUUCUUCUCGUCGUGCAUACAAGCAGUCAUUAGCUGCCUGCGCUCGUGAAACAGCAUCCAAUGCAUCGUUUGUUCCGGUUCUACUAAAAGAAGAUCCUGAACACUGUUCAACUAUAAAAUUUGCUGAAACACUGGAACAUUUAUCUGAUAUCUGUUCAAAUUUACCUGAUGAUGAAUUAUCUACAUAUAUUGAAAAAGUUUAUAAACGAAUGUUGAAUAUUCUAUCAGAAAAGACAAUUGUGUUAGAUCCUGAAAUGAUCAACAGUGUUAUUCUUCGAUAUAUUCAAAAUUAUCCACAAUUAUCAAUAUUAACAAUGGAUGAAUUAAGAACAAUUUCUAAUAUCCAGUUAGAACAACGUUCAAUCGUAGUUCAUUUUGAUUUAAGUGGUUCAAUGUCGUGUGCCGGUUUUUCACCAUUGGUUAAAACGAUCACAGAUAUAUUAAAAAAUAUUAAAAAACAAAAUAAUAUUGAGGUAUAUUUCUCCUUAUUUGGUGGUAGUACGCAAGAAGAUGUCCAUCGAGUAUUAGGAGAAAGAUUAUUGACAUUAGAUGAAUUUUGUGCUGGUAAUUAUAAACCUGGUGGUGGUACAGCUUUUUGUCCAUCAUUUGCCCGUACAAAACAUUUUUUAAAACACGAUGCAAUCAUUAUCUCAGAUGGUGAGUUUACAGAUAGUAUUACACAGUUGUCGUUUCAAGAUAAUUGUGAAACAGUCUUUUUUGUUGCACCACCAUGGUCACCCAGUGGUAUUGAACAAAAACAUGCAAGUGCUAUUGCCAAAUGUGUCCACUCAAACGUUGCUUAUAUUGGUGUAGCAUCUGGUCAGUAUAAGCAAUUGGAAACAACACUUGAAGAAUUUUCAAAAGGUCUUGGUAUCGUUUCACGACUGCCUGGUUUCUCUACGAUUGGUACAUAUUUAAUUCCAACAAUUCUUUUAUUACCAACGCAUAUGAAGAAAACAUUGGACAUAUGUUUGUUGAAAGGCGAAGAUACAUUACAAAUACUUACAAAAAAAAUUAUUGGUCUAUUUCGAUAUUUAGAAGAAACAUCAAAAUUAAGUUUUGAACGGUGUAUACGUGGUGAUGAAUUUCGACAAUUAAUGUCAUUAUUAGUACCGAUUAAGAAGUUAACAUUUGCACAUUUAGAAACAAGCUUAGCGUCACAACAAUUGUAUGGUUAUUUAUCAAAACUAUUAGAUAGUUUUGGAGAUCAAUAUAAUCGGCUACUUAAAAGUUAUUCAAAUGAUAAAAAUAAAAAUGAAUUAACAAAACUAUGGGAUGAUGCAAUGAAUGUCAGUGAACGAGAACUGAUUUUUGAAGAAAAUAAUGAAAAAUAUGGACAGCCAGUGGGAUAUCUAAAAACGGAAGUGACAAAUAUGGAUAUAACACCAGAUAUGUUGGCUGCAGCGCUUCAUCAUUUGAAAACAAUUUAUUCUAUGAUGGACACAGAUCUUGUUAAUGUCAUCUUUGGGAUAUUAAUCAAUUGUAAAAUUGCUGAAACAUCAGCCGGUCCCCAGGACACUUGGAUACCCGUUUGGAGUAAACCAUCUGAUGGUACAAUCGAUCUUUUGUCAAUUAUUCGUCUAUUACCCACAUGUCUCCGUCAAUUACAACAUUUUCUGGGUACGACAUGCGAUUCCGACUGGACUAUUCAACCAAUGACAGCCAUUAGAUUUGCAUGGAUUAUGGAUGUAUCUGGCCACUUGUUUCCAGAUUUUGUUAUGCAAUCACUUCCCACUCUUGUUCGUUCAAAUGCAAAUCUCAUCGAUUUAGAUCAAGAUGAGAAUCGUUCCGUAUUCUGGUUAAAAAUUUUACAGAGUUUGGCAGUAAAGCUUUCUCUAUCAACUGAAACCUUAUUAUCAAUUAAGCACAUUCUUAUUGUUAAUUCAUUGAAAGGUUUUCUACUUCGUCUAACAGAUACUGUUGUUAGAUAUGAACGACAAAUUUAUGAAAAUGUUUCACCUUACAUUGACACAAAUGAACCAAAGGCAUGGUGUGUAUUUGUCGAUCAAAAUGGGAACAUGUUGAAUGCCGAGACAGGUGUAGUCGUUGGACUGACAAAUAUUGUUAGUGAUCCAAAAAUGGUUCAAAAGUGGUAUGAUACAAAUUUUUAUAAGAAAGGGGCUGUUGUUCGACCAAGAUAUUUAACCUUAAUAGAUAAUCCUAAUUUAGCACAUGGAUCAAUCGAAUUGUAUAAUUCAUCCGCACCAAAAGAUAUCGAUAUACUUCGUGAACAAUUGUUAACAUUAGGUUAUUCAACUGUACAAAUUGAUGCACAUAUAAACACAACUCGUGAUAAAAUCAAACAUAUUCCACGUGUUAUACAAAAUCAAGAUCCAUCGUCUGUGGUGCUGGCAUCACAAGGUGCCUGUCAAGGCGCCACUAUACCAACAGAAACAAUUACCAUCAACAUAUCACGUGCAAUUAUUAUUGAAUAUUUAUCAUCACAAUGUAAUGAUGCAUUUAUUGCUGGAGCAAUGCGGGCUUUUGGCGAAUAUUCACGUGUAGAUCAUACUCAAUAUCCAAACGAAAUUGACUAUGCCAUUGGUUGUGGUUUAAAAUCCAAUUCGAAAAUAACUCCACAAACACCUUUUCAUCAUUUAGAUAAACUAGAUGUUCAGAAAACUCUCCUUCAAUACCAAGAACAAUUCGAGAAAACAAUCAAAUCUAUCGAGAAACCAAUCGUAUUUACUCCUCUAACAAUUCAAAAAGCAGCUGCUCAAACUGCAACAACCACAGCCAUCACCACUAGCAGCAUUCAAUCGAUUCCGACAUCACAAUCAACACCAAUGAGUGAAGAAUUGUUUACAUGUCCCAUAACUCAAGACAUUAUGGAGAAUCCAUCAUCCACAGCACCAUGCGGUCAUAUGUUUGAAUACGAUGCAAUUAAUGUUUAUUUGAAAACAGUAAUUAAUGAAUGUCCAAUGUGUCGAACACAAAUCACAAGUGUUACACCCAAUUACGCAUUCAAAAGUGUCAUUCAAAGCUGGAGAGCUAAUCAACAACCCAAAUCUUGA